AUGGGUACGGAGGUGUUGCACCCACAUGACUGCUUCRUCGAUCUUCCUCCGCCCAACUUCAUCGCUGAUUAUACCCCAAAUGGCGGAGAUUUUUAUUCAAGACCCAUAAACAAUGGUGGUUGCCGGAAAUUGCAGCCCCUCAGACGGCUGCCGGAGAAAAUGGGUUCAACACCCGGAAGAGUCAACGAUGGUGAUGACUCCGACUCGUAUGCAGGAUCGGGUUUCUUUCAUUCUCCCUCACCCAGGUCUCUACCUCUCCCAUCGUUUUUCAACAAGAAACAGCAAGAUUCCAUGGCCAUGGCGGCGGCAGAUCAUGGCGGUUUUGAUGACUCCGCCACCCAACAUCUCCGACGAUUGCUCCGGCUCGGGUGA